AUAAAUUAGUAGAGGCAGAAUGGUGAGUGAAGCAGUAGAAAUGAAACUAUAUGAAGCUGCGUCAAAAGGGGAUGUAACAGCUCUUCAACAACUAGUUAAAGAAGAUCCAUACCUCAUUCAUGGAGUCUCAUUUCCAUGUUCAAGAAAUCUUCUACACAUAGCAGCAAUGUAUGGACAAAUAGCCAUUGUUGAAGAACUGUUGAAGCUUAAUCCGCUGCUAGCUCGGGGUUCGGACUCCCAAAAAUCGUCGCCUCUUCACAUUGCAGUGGACCAAGGGGACCUUGAAGUCACAAAAAGAUUGUUGUUGGUGACCCCAGAGAUGUGCUGGUGGCGAGACGAUCAAGAGAUGAACCCGGUCCAUAUUGCAGCCGUGAAAGGGCAUUUUAUGGUUUUGGCGGAGCUGCUUCGACUGGAUCUAUUUCCUGCUCGGGAGAGAGUGCAUCGUGGGCAGACCGUGUUGCACUUGUGUGUGAAACAUUGCCAAAUUGAGACAUUGAAGGUUUUGGUGGAAAAGUUGGGAGACUUAGUUUGUGCAGAGGAGGAUGAUGAUGGAGAGACACUCUUGCAUUUGGCCGUUAGAUCCAAUCAACUUGAGGGAAAACAGCAUUGGAUAUCUUGCACGAGAGCUUUCGCGACACAAGCACAUAUUUAGAAAUGCGAAGAAUAUUGCAUAACGUCUAUCCCCAGUCGAUCGUCGAGCACUUUCCUAAGUUGACCGACAUGACGAUGGUGGUGGUUGUCCUGAUAGCCACGAUGGCGUUCCAAGUGACGGUCAGCCCCCAGGGGGCGUGUGGCAGGAUGACACGCCAUCACACAACGCGGGCAGAGCAGUGAUGGCCACCACUCAUCCUAAAGUCUAUGAACACUUCAUUAGUGCUACCACCACGGCUUUCAUUUCAGCGAUCGUCACAAUCCUCCUUAUCAGCACCGGAGCGC